UUGGCUGCCCAUUCGCUAUCUCCUUCUUCUUCUCUUCUUUUUCAUAUUCAUACUCUGUCGUUGUUUUAUACUACUUCUAGUGACAAUCUUGAAUUUUAAUCAUUGUACAAAGAUAUUUUGGAAGUCAAUCUGUAUUUUUUAUAGAAAAAGAAUGGAUUCCUCCUUAUUCUUGAUGCUCUGAAAUCAAUCUGAAUGCUUUCUGGGUUUCAGUUCGUUUCUGGGUUUCUUUCUUGAAUGGUUUAUUAUGGCGUCGAUUGAAUACCAACGACGACGGGGGGAAGACGACGAGGAGAAAGAUAAUAUUUUAUCAUCUGAUCUGUUACUGGCGAAGAAGAUGAAGAAGAAGGACCCACAGAGGGUCCCGUCAGAGGAGUCGAAGGGUUAUUGUUCCCAGCCAACUAUUGUUCCUUGUUUGACAAAGGAAGAGCAUACAGGUUCUGACCUUGCUGGAAUGAUUCCGGUGGAGAAACAGAUUUUCCCGGCGAAGAAAGCUUCAAAGGAUCGUCAUACGAAAGUGGAAGGCCGUGGAAGGAGAAUUCGCAUGCCGGCUCCCUGCGCUGCGAGGAUUUUCCAGCUGACAAAAGAAUUAGGUCAUAAAUCCGACGGGGAGACAAUACGUUGGUUGCUCGAAAGGGCUGAACCUGCCAUAAUCGAGGCCACUGGAACAGGAACGAUACCUGCAAUAGCGGUGUCUGUUAACGGUACCUUGAAGAUCCCAACAACGCCGUCUACGGCCGCGACCAUCACCACAGCAGAGGUGGUAGGGGAGUCGGCGGUGAAGAAAAAGAGAAAGCGAGCUUGUAACAGCGAGUUCUUUGACGUAAACGAAACAUCAUCGUCGUCGUCUAACUUCACCACCCCUAUCACAUCAUCGAUGAUGCCGCAGGGAAUGUUGCCCGUGUGGGCGGCAAUGGGCGGAGCAGGUGUCUUUCCGUCUACGGCGGUUCCCAGCGGCGCAUUCUUUAUGAUUCCUCAAGGAGGCGGCGUUGGUGGUGGCCCAUCAAAUCAGCCGCAAAUAUGGGCAUUUCCCACGGCGGCGGCGACGCCUGUUUUCAGUUUAUCAGGUAGACCCAUAUCAAAUUUUGUAUCAUCAGGCAUUGAAUUCGGCGGCGGCGGCGGCGGCGAUGUUCAGGCGUCUUCAGGGUCGGUAAGUGAGGAGAAAUCUAGAAUGGCGCCAAGUUCGACCUCGAGCACGAAUGCGAUGAAGAGGAGUCAAAUGCUGCUUAGGGAUUUCUCGUUGGAGAUAUAUGAUGAUAAGAAAGAGCUUCAAUUCAUGGUUAACAACAACAAUGGGGAUGAUCAAUCGACUCCAUCUUCAAAUGGGUAGGAUUUUAAAGAGUCUGUUGUGUUCUUCUUCGUAUCUCUCUCUCUCUUUAGUACUAGUUCAGUUGUAGUCAUCAUCUUGUCUGCAAAAUUCUCAUUUUUUGCUUUUAUUUUAUCCCCUUCUAACUAUUUACUUUUUACAUUUUU